AUGUCAACACCUACUGUUUUCAUCUUUGUGACAGGUUCUGGUCGAGCUAAGGAUGUGCCAGAGCUUGUUCGUGAAACUGUAGCUGAUGGGUGGGACACAUAUACAAUUUUAACAUCAAACGUUAGUUCUGUGUUAUCUCCCGAUGAAAUUUAUAAUGUGCCCGGUAGUCAUGCUAUUUGUAGCUACAAAGAUCCACCACUCAAUAGAUUUCCAUUUGGUACAAUGCUUGUUGCACCUUGUACAUUCAAUACUUUUAACAAAUUGGCAUUAGGCUUAGGCGACAAUCUUGUAACAUCAAUGAUUGCUGAUGCAUUGGGUGCAAAAUGUCCAGUAUUUAUCGCGCCUACUAUGAAUUAUAGCCUAUGGAAUCAUCCGCAAACUCGAAUAUCAGAAGCAAAAUUAAAAGAAUGGGGUUGCACUAUCAUUCCACCAUAUAUCGAUGAAAAGGUCGUUACAAUGUCGUCAAUGAUUCAAUCCAAUCUAAACAGGAUAAAUCCACUAGAUUUUUCAAGCAAUAUAUUAAUCAAAGCAUAUAAAGAUAAAAAACAAAAUGAUCGUGAUAGACGUCGUAUAUGUUUAUGGUUUAAAUUAUAUUGCUGUUAUAUAAUAUGCGCACUUUUAUUACUUAUCGGACUAAUUGUUGGUAUUGUUGUUCCUCUUGAAUUACACCACACAACAACUACAAAUUCCAAUGCUAUCACUACUAAUGUACUUAUAACCAAUAUUACAACAUCAUCUACUUUUAUUACUACAACAUCAAUCACAUCUACAACAACAUCCACUACAACUACAACAAUAUCCAAAUCCAAUUGGUUAAUAAAUGGUGAUGCAGAGACAGGAACAUGUCAAUCAGGUAACGGUGUAACACAUCCAACAGGUUGGAUGUAUAGUGGAUCAAUCACACAAGUAUAUUAUAAUAAUGCCGCUGCUGAUCUGUCAUCCACAGAUCCAGGACCUAGCAAUCGUGGUAAUUGUUAUUUCUACGGUCAAAUUUCAGCUGUUACUUCAAUGUGGCAAUAUAUAAACAUGACAAAUUCAAUUAAUCCUAUUCUUAUUGAUAAUCAAACAGUUUAUUUUAAUUUUUCAGCAUGGAUUGGUGGUUAUUCAAAUCAAAAAGAUAAUGCUCAAGUUUCAUUAACAUUCAUAGAUCAGGCUAAUCAAAAAAUCAAUAGUACUAUUACUCUUGGACCAGUAUCUGUUGUAGAUCGUGGAAGUAUAACUUCAUUACUUUUUCGACAAGCUAAUGGACUUGUACCAAUUGGUGCUCGCUCUUGUAUAGUAAUGGCCACAAUUACUCGUGGCGCUGGAACGUAUAAUGAUGGUGAUAUCGAUAAUAUCGCACUUUAUUUCUAUCAAUGA